AUGCAGUUUUCCCAUCACACAAUUAAGAAAAUAUGGAAUAAUCUACUCGUCUCAAAGGUAAGCCGUCAAAACCAAAAUAAAGCCCAAGUUGGGACACGAAUCGACUCUCACCAGCAAUGACUCAGCAGCAGAAUAAUUUUUAAAUCGACAAACCCGAAAAAGGGGAUAGUUUGGCAUCCCGUUUGUUGGACAGAAGAAGAUGCUUAAUUAGUUUACAAGUAAGCAAAUGUCUCUCUUUGGGCGACGAAUUAAAUCUUUUUGUAUUUUUCCUGCUGAGUACUUCACUUCUGUAAAUUCGGUCUGUAAAAAGAAUUCAAUGGACGAUCCUGAUAUGAAUUACACAGAGGACCAAGUUGAAGCAGUGCGAAAAAUCAGUGGCACACAAGAUUAUUACAUCAUAUUGGGUGUUGAUAAGAAUUCUUCCGUCCAUGAAAUACGAAAGGCGUACAGAAAGUUAUCGCUAAAGGUUCAUCCCGACAAGAACAAAGCCCCUGGUGCAGAGGAAGCUUUCAAGGCACUUUCUAAUGCAUUCAAUUCUCUAAGCAAUGCCCAACACAGAUCAAAAUUAAAAUACCAAGAGGAGGAAGAGGAUGGCAAUUCAUCAGAUGACGAGUUCCAGUUCCAGUUCCAGUACAAUCGGCACAUCAUUUUCAGAUCUUUAGGUGGCUUCAAAUUACUGGUGCUCUUGUUACAGAUUCUACCCAUGUUUUUACUGUUUUUUGUUAGUUAUUUUCCCUUUUUGGAACCCAAUUAUGCAUUGCAACGAAAUGGACCUUAUCAAUUUAGUAAGCUUACUAAGGCACACGGGGUGCCCUUUUUUGUCAAAAUAGACUACUUUGAUAAGGAGUUUCCUCCAGAGAGUUCCGUCAGAGUAGGUCUUGAGAUUCAGGUUGAGACGGCUUACAAGAAGCUUCUUAGACAUUACUGCCAUAUUGAGACGCAGAGAUGUGAAUGGGGUCUUGCUUUCCAGACUCCUCAUUGUGAUAAGCUUGAGCAAUUUUAGACAUUCAGAUCACCAUAUACGACUCUCUUUCCGAAUCAAACUUGUUUCCUAGUCCUUCUUUUAAAUGUAUCAUGCCCUUCAGUUAUACAGUAUAACACAUGGACAAACAGAUAUAAAUGUUUAUAUACGCAUACUCUGUUUCAA